AUUCCUAUAAUUACGAAUUUAAUUUUUAUAUUCGAACUAAAACAAAGGAACUAGAUUUAUUAUAUACGAAUGAAAUGAAGGAACCAGAUUUAUUAUAUCUGGAUAAAACGAAGGAACCGGAUUUAUUAUAUCCGGAUAAAAUGAAGGAACCGGAUUUAUUAUAUCUGGAUAAAACGAAGAAAUCAGAUUUAUUAUAUCUGGAUAAAAUGAAGGAACUGGAUUUAUUAUAUCCAGAUAUAAUGUAA